AUGAAGGAAUCUGUUCAAGAACUCCAAUCGUCUUUGAGGAGAAAGAGAGGCAUUGAUGCAUAUAUUACUUCAAGGAAAAAGAUUGACAAAAUGGUUAAAAAGUGCAUCAAGAAUUUGAAUAGUUUCGAGCAAAGCUCUACCAACAAGCACAACAAUCUUAAGGGAAUUGCAACCGUUCUAAAAGAAUCACAGGUCAUUGGCUUUUCUGCCCUCAAGUCAGCAUUGACCAUUUUUGCAUCAAAGCAAAAAACUUGGUCCCUGCUUUCCAAGUUUACCCAAUCAAGCCGCGUACAUUUUGAAACAGAAGAAGAGAGCAACGCUCAGGAAUUGUAUGCCUUGAACAUCAACAAAUUGCAACAAGAUAUGGACACAGUAUCUGUCCAAGAUGUCAUGAAGCAGUUGGAUGCGUCAGAAAGGACAAUCCAGGAACUUGAAGAGAAUUUAGAAGCCUUCUUUAGGAGUCUAGUCAAAAUUAGAGUUUCUCUUCUUAAUGCCCUGAGCCACUAA